AUGACUACUCUUGCUGGAAGCAAUCAUCAUAAUAAUUAUAUUACCAAUCUACCUUUUGUUCAAUCUCCAACUUAUGGUAAUAACUCCAAUUUGGUAGAUAAUACAUUUUGUGGCAAUGAUCAAAUCAAUAUGAAUAAUAAUGGUAAUAAUAGUUAUUUGGAUGCUAAUAGUUCUCAAACGAUUAUUAAAUCUGAAUUUUAUUCUAAACAAGAAGGAGAAGAAGAGUUCAUAUUAAACAGUGUUCCAAUCAAAACCGAAUUUUGUGACGAUGAUAGAAAUAACCAUAAUAAUGGCAAUAGUAGCGGUAACAAUGGUUAUGGUUAUGGUUUGGUUGAUAUCGAUCACAACUCUUCAAUCGAAUCAUCUCCUCACUUGUUAACAACAAAUGAUGAAUAUUAUGGUCUUUUAACAAAUUCCAAUAACAAUAAUCACAAUCACAACAGCAAUUGUAAUAAUUCACCUCUCAGCUCACCAACAUCUUCGUCACCCUCCAUAAUAACAUCAACCAAUAAUGCUGUGUCAUUAUCAUCUUCAAGAGCUUCCACCAAUCCUACUACUCCUACUAAUCAUGCGUCACCAAAUCUCAAUGUUACCGCUGCUGCUGCUGCUUCUUAUAAUGACCAAAUGAGGAUUAUCAUGUAUAAACCUGCUCCUCAAAAUGAUAGCAUAGCACUUGUUCAUCAAAAUAUUCAACACAAUUACAACAUAAGAGAAUAG